AGGGUUAAACGACUGGAGGAGGGACAGGUGGGGCGGGGGUCUGCAGACCAGGUUGGCAACACUGGUGAGUUGCUCUUCUUUCGCCCUCCUUCGCUUCUUCUAUCCAAAGGGUGCUGAGCCCGGGAGGAGGUGGGAGGUGCCCCGCGGAGCCGGGAGUGAGCGUUCCCGAGGCAGCAGGCACCUUCGAGAGGGACUGGCAUUUGGGCCCAGGAGCCAGGAAAAAGUCCUGAGCGUGCCGGCCUCGAGGAAGGCACGUUCCCUAAGGGCGCACGGUCACUGCAGUCUUUCACCGUCCGUCUGUUUUUAGAACAGAGUUCUCGCCUGAGCUUAUAAAUCUCGGGUUUUGCCCCCAAACCCCAGGCCUUUUGCGGACGGAACAGGUGAGCACUGCGCACUGCCCGCGCCCCGGUUCUUGCGUCCCCUGCUCUCCCUGCGCUCUGAGCGGCCUGGCCCCCGCGGGCUCAUCAUGUUCCUUUGGGGGCUGAGCUGCCUGUCAGUGCUGGGGGCGGCGGGCACUGCUCUCCUGUGCGCGGGCCUGCUGCUCAGCCUGGCCCAGCACCUCUGGACCCUCCGCUGGAUGCUGAGCCGGGACCGGGCCUCCACCCUGCCUCUGCCCAAGGGCUCAAUGGGCUGGCCCUUCUUCGGCGAAACGCUGCACUGGUUAGUUCAGGGCUCGCGCUUCCACAGUUCUCGCCGAGAGCGCUAUGGGACAGUGUUCAAGACGCACCUGCUGGGCAGGCCAGUGAUCCGCGUGAGCGGCGCGGAGAACGUGCGCACCAUCCUGCUGGGCGAGCACCGCCUGGUGCGCAGCCAGUGGCCGCAGAGUGCGCACAUCCUGCUGGGCUCGCACACACUGCUAGGUGCGGUCGGCGAGCCGCACCGGCGGCGGCGCAAGGUCCUGGCGCGCGUGUUCAGCCGCGCCGCGCUGGAGCGCUACGUGCCGCGCCUGCAGGGGGCGCUGCGGCAUGAGGUGCGCUCCUGGUGCGCGGCGGGCGGGCCGGUUUCAGUCUACGACGCCUCCAAAGCGCUCACCUUCCGCAUGGCCGCGCGCAUCCUGCUGGGGUUGCGGCUGGACGAGGCGCAGUGCGCCACGCUGGCCCGGACCCUCGAGCAGCUCGUGGAGAACCUCUUCUCACUGCCUCUGGACGUUCCCUUCAGUGGCCUGCGCAAGGGCAUCCGGGCAAGGGACCAGCUGCAUCGGCACCUGGAGGGGGCCAUUUCUGAGAAGCUUCACGAGGACAAGGCUGCAGAGCUGGGUGAUGCCCUCGACCUAAUCAUUCACAGUGCAAGGGAGCUGGGCCAUGAGCCCUCCAUGCAGGAGCUGAAGGAGUCGGCUGUGGAGCUCCUCUUCGCCGCCUUCUUCACCACGGCCAGUGCCAGCACCUCGCUCGUCCUGCUGCUACUGCAGCAUCCAGCGGCCAUCGCCAAGAUUCGGGAGGAGCUGAUGGCGCAGGGGCUGGGGCGCGCGUGCGGCUGCGCGCCCGGGGCCGCUGGGGGCAGCGAGGGGCCCCCGCCCGACUGCGGCUGCGAGCCCGACCUCAGCCUCGCGGGGCUGGGCCGUCUGCGCUACGUCGACUGCGUGGUCAAGGAGGUGCUGCGCCUCCUGCCGCCAGUGUCCGGGGGCUACCGCACUGCCCUGCGCACCUUCGAGCUCGACGGCUACCAGAUCCCCAAGGGCUGGAACGUGAUGUAUAGCAUCCGGGACACGCACGAGACGGCUGCGGUGUACCGCAGCCCUCCCGAAGGCUUCGAUCCAGAGCGCUUCGGCGCAGCGCGCGAAGAUUCCCGGGGCGCCUCCAGCCGCUUCCAUUACAUCCCGUUCGGCGGCGGUGCGCGCAGCUGCCUCGGCCAGGAGCUGGCGCAAGCCGUGCUCCAGCUGCUAGCUGUGGAGCUAGUGCGCACCGCGCGCUGGGAACUGGCCACACCCGCCUUCCCCGCCAUGCAGACGGUGCCCAUCGUGCACCCAGUGGACGGGCUGCGGCUCUUUUUCCACCCCCUCACGCCUUCGGUUGCGGGGAAUGGGCUAUGCCUCUGACAUGCUUGCGCUCUAGGACACGGCUUGGCCGGUGGCUGUGGCGCGCACACAGCGCCACCCAUCUGCGGCUCCCCAUUGUAGCGUCGCGCGCCCACUCGUUCACUCGUUCAACAAUCUUUCAACAAAUGUUCGCCAAACGCGGAUGUGUGCCGGACUCGAGGAAGGAGGAGGGCGAGCCACCGCUGCCGCGCCAGAGAAGCAUCUAAGCCCAUGGGAAGAUGCCUUCUGCGCUCCGCGCCCAGAGGAAGGAAAAUGUCGUGGGCCAAGCAGGAAUGGAGGGAAUAGAUAGAUCCCCACGAGGUGCUGCUUGGCUUCCCCUUCCCGAGCCAAUCCAGGGAGGGUGCAUGGAUGGGGGAAGGCGAGGUAGGGGUGGCAGGGGAGUGGGAAUAUCGCAACUCGGGGACAUUGCAGAGACCCGACGCACGCGGUGGGACCUGCAACCCUUGUAAGGAAGAGGGCACGCCGUGGGCGCAACCCUGGCCUGGCUUUGGGCCAUAGAAAAAACACGCAGAGGAUGCCUGACGGAAGGCCCUCUGGCAGCUGGCGUCUGGCUUCGUGCGCCUUGGCCACUCUGCCGGUCUCGGCGGAAACUAGCAACUGUGGGCACUUCCAGGCUCUAAAGGGCUCAAGGUCACCGGAUUCUGCUGGCCACUUCUUAAAAGGAAAAAUUCCUACCUUAAGAAGGCACUUACUCUUGUCAUGUAUACAGAGGAGAAUAGGCACACCAACACGUCUCCAACGCUGGAUUAUUUUCAUGGGAGGUUGAGACAUAAUUAGAGAGGUUUGAGAUAUUUGUACCAAAAAUAGGAAGGCCAAGAAAUAAAGUGUCUUGGGAGCGGUUGAGUGAGGAGGCUAGGGUUUAGCUGGGCAGCUGCUCCCUAGGGGGAAGGCACUGGGGUGCAGGGUUGGGGAGGCCAGGGAAGGACCCACACCAGAGUAUACCCAGAGAGGAGCUGGGAGCUGGGCAGCCUAGGGCCUGGGCUGCCCUGACUUCUCUCUGAGUAUAACCCCGGAAGCUGGGCUGUGAAUUGUCUCCAGGUUUCAGGGACCUUAUUUUUAUUUUUAUUUUUAUUUUUUUGAGACAGGGUCUUCCUCUGUGGCCCAGGCUGGAGUGUAGUGGCACAACCAGCUCACUGCCACCUCUGCCUCUCGUGCUCAAGCCAUCCUCCCAUCUCAGCCUCCCAAGUAGCUGGGACUACAGGCACGUGCCACAACGCCUAGCUAUUUUUUUUUCUAUUUUUAGUAGAGACGGGGGGUUUCACCAUGUCACCCAGGCUGGUCUCAAACUCUUGGACUUAAGCGAACCAUCUGCCUUGGCUUCCCAAAGUGCUGGGGUUAGAGGUGUGACCCACCACACCCUGGAGUCACUCCUUUCCAGUGACGCCAGUCUAGUCCCUGUGCCCUCACCCCUCCCUGCCAUUUCAGGGCCUUCUGGUUUUACGGCUUCACCAUCCUCUCUAUCACAGAGAAGAAAUUGAGGAGCAAUCUAGGUGAAUGACUCACCUGAGAAGCCCAGCAAUAGGCUCCUGGACUCCCCAGCCAGUGCUCUCCUCCACCCCCAUCCCUUCACUCUUCUGCCCUAACCUCUGUUCCUGUGGCCAUCAGGUAGGGCUGGACACUUUGGCCUCCUUUUCAUGAUAAGCCCUAGCUAGACUUGAGGACUCUCAACCAUUCCGGUACAGAGGUUCCAACCAGUGUUUAAAUCAAAGCCAAAAGCCUCCGUGUCAUCAUUCCCAACAGCCCACUUCAAUCUGCCACCCAGCUUCCAACAGGCCGGGGCAGCUGGACAUAAGGGGUGAGCCAGGAAAGUAGCUGCCUAGGCCUGAGCUGACCCCUUAGUGAACCAGAAGAAAGCCAGUGCCCUCCUGACCUCAUGCUUAAGGUGGAUCCCAGGGCCAGAAGGAAGGGGGACACAGCAGGCACUUACAGGGUUGGUAGCUCCACAGUACAGCAAGCCCUUCCGACCUGGGCUGACACUGCCAUAACCUCCACACAGGGCAAUUCAUCACCCAUUGCCAGUCAAGGGCCUGGUGCCAGGCCCUGAGCUUGGGAGACACCAGGGGCAGCAAAGGUGGCAGGACGUGGGCCUGCCCUAAGAGUGCUCUUGCAAAUGCAGAGGACAGCCUGGCCUGAGAAGCGUGGGUUUGGGCGAGGAGAAGGAUGCAGGCUUCAGGGUUGAUUGUGAUUUAGAGAGAGGAGAGAAGAAUGGGGUGGGGACCCUCAGAAGCAAGGCUAGUUGAGCUGGUUCCAAGAAGACCUGGUUGACCUGCAUUGGGGUCUGGACUGACUAUAAGCCUCUGUAGGGAUGGCUCCAGUUUUAAUUUUCCAUGGGUACAUCAUGCUCAGUAAUUUUGAGGGAUAUCUUAGCUCCUGUUUUAGUAGCUGCAGAUUCUCUGGGGAAGGAGCAGAGGAGGUUCCUUCCCUCCUGCACUUGAUAUGCUCUGGAGGGAGGCAGACAAGAAAUAAACUAGCAAACAAAAGGGUAAGAAUAUGUCCAGUGGUGAUAAUCGCCGUCAUGGAAAUAAAACAGGCCUGUGAUAGAGAGUGUCUGGGGCUAGAUUAGGCUGGAUGGGUGGGGGGAACCUUGGAGGAGGUGACAUUUGACUUUGGAAGGAACCAGCCAGCGGUGGCCUGGGGGAGGGGUGCCACAUGCAGAGGGAACAGCAGGUAUAGAACUCUGAGACGGGAACGCACGUUCAGAAAUGAGACCGGGGGCUGAAAGGAGAAAAGCGGAGGUGGACUCCUUUGCUGUGACUCCAAUCUAGUCCCUGUACCCUCACCCCACCCCACCAGCAAAAAAAACAAAAAAACAAAA